AAUACGAUUCAGUAGCGCAAAAAAAAAUAAGAACGAAUCCUACCAACUCGUCCAAAACCAAGACCUCUAACAAUGGUUAAUUUAAUUUUCCAAUUGCAGGUAUCACCUGGUCCAAUAGAGGAUCUCACCCUCGAGCUUUUGCUGUUGCUGCUUCCACACUACACACUACACACCGCUUCAGCUUCAAACGGCUUCAACCUCGCUCUCUCGCGUGUCUGCCAGCAUAGCUAACCGAUCUCUCCCAACAAUCAUCAACCGGCAAGCAAGUGAGCGAGCUUCGGGGCAGGCAAGGCAGGAUCGCAUCGCCCUCCAUGCGUCCGUCCCAGCGAGCUCAGUCAUCGUCGCGGAUGCAAUGCAACCGGUCGUCGUCGUUGUCGCCGCGCCGCCGGGUGAUGUUGUAACGAGCGUGUGUGGAGUAGAAACUACGAAAAAAAGCGAAAACCGGCUUCUGAAGCGAGCGCAGAGUAAUAUGUUACUCGACUAGAGAACGACACAGCGCUUCUACUAGGAGAAGUUCGUUUCGUUCCGUUCCGGGGCUCACUCCUCGGGGAAGAAGGAUAUUUAUCCGAACAACGACACAAACGACAACGGAAGUGCCACCGCCGUUCCUCGCGCCUUCGCCGGUCGUCCGUCCUCUCCGUGCUUCACGUCGUUGGGAAAUUUAUAAGAGUGCUGUUUCAAUUUGUGUGAAAGCGAAUCAAGCGCGAAUAAGGAUGUGAAGUGAAAAUCUGCCAGGGACAUAUACGUCGUCCUGGUCCUGGAGAAGUGCUAGCAGAAGAAAAAUUGCCAUUCCGGUUGCCCGGAAUAAAUAGUCGGGGAAUCGAGAAGAAAAGUGGUCUGCUCUGUGAGCUUGGUCUGGAUCGACCCUCUGUGCUGGUGUAGUGUGUUUCUUGCGACCCUAAGCGGGCCAAUUUUCCGACAAGUCGACCGGAGAGUGUUGUAAGCCUGGUCCAAGUGAGUGGCAAAUGUGCAUCGGAUGUGGAAAGGGGUUUUUCCUCUCAAUUUCAUCAAUGCUCCCAAGCAACGGCCGGCGUCAAAGUGGGGGGCUGAGCGGAGCUUGAAACAAAAGAAGAGUGAAAAGUCAGUGUUGUGGUGAUUUUCACCCGGUUGGUGGAAGAUUGGAAAGGUUCUGUGGUGGGGUGCGCAACGAAGAGUGGCAAGAGUGUAAUUAAAAAUUUAUUGAAAAAAUCUUAAUUAGAAAACGGGUGCGCAGCACCAACCUCCGAGAAGUAGAAGCAACGUGUGACCGUGUGACGUUCGGUGAAAUUAUUUGCUGUUGACGUUGAACGUUCGAUCGCUUGAGGAGUAAGAAAGUGGAAGAACAGAAACAAAACAUUGACCGUUCGAGAGCUUGGGAGGCGUUCAGGAAACAUCGUGGAAAGCUGUGCUUGCUCGUUCGUACGUACAAGUACCGGAAAGUUGAUCGACACGCCAACAGCGACCCAUCACCACCGCCAGCCACACACAGUGCCAGCAGCGUGGAGACAAAGCUUCGCCACCGCCACCCAUCAAGUUCCUGCUGAACGGUGCACAAGACUGACAACCAAGCAGCCGGGAGAACCGCGUAACGUAGUCCUGUCUGUUGCAGCCACACCAAACCACACAUACCUACACAACAGCGAUUACAGGCGGUUACGGUUUUCGCUGCUGCUACUGCUACUGCCAUGUACGCUUACUCCACAUUGAUGUAUUGUUAUACCCGUGAACUGAGAUUGUACUCUGUCGUACAAUAGCUUCUAAAAGUUAGUUCCUCUGCCUCGCGAGAGACGACAACUAGCGUUUUUUUUUUCUGGUCCUCACUGAUCCGGAACACACGUACGCCGGGUACACGUGCAUCCUAGUGGGAGGCAACCCCUCGCGACCGCUGAGUGAAUGAAGCCACCGAGUCUGCUGGCAAACGGCAGACCUUAGAUCUCCCACUUGAACUCUGUCUGUAUCCUACCUAUACCAGACCAGUGUGCCAAGGGCCAAAGGCAGAUAACAUGAGCAUAAAUAAAGUUACGCUGUUUCAAUUAUUUAUUAUCGCUCUCUCGCUGAGCCCGGUAAUUGGCUCCAAAGUGAAUAAAGAGCGACAAUUGAGACAGCAGCAGCACCACCACCAGAAGGAUGCUGCAUCAGAUUUUGGUUACAUCUCGGAUUCGCACGGACUUCCCACCAGGUUCGGUGACGAGGACGAUGUGAUAUUCGCUAAAAAGCAAAACGAAAGCGGCAACCAGCAUCACCUUUUGGGGGGUGGAACAGGAGGAGGUGGUGGCAUCCUUGGACAGGGUUCGGUGUCCAAUGUGAAACCGUCGCUGCUGGGACACGGAACCAGCGACGACUACGAUGACUAUGAUUAUGAGCAAGAGCUGGAUCAUCCGGAUGAAAACGAUAGCCGUGGUGGGGGUGGCAAGGAGGGUGGCGGUGCCAAUGGGCACGGAUUAGAUUCGGGAGAUUACACGGAUGGAUUCGAUGGCGAUGCCAUAGAUCACAUUGAAAGUUUUGGCGAUGGCAGCGAUAGUACCAGUUUGCUUCCGGUAUUUCUGGUGGAGCCGCAGAGUACGUACGUGAUUAAAAACCGACCGGCGGUGCUGCAGUGCAAAGCGUCACAUGCGUUCCAGAUCUCGUUCAAAUGCAGCGGCGGCAACAAGCCUCCACUGACGACCCACGAGACGCAUGUGGAUCCGCACACCGGCGUGCAGCUGCAGGAGGCUAGCACUACCAUAACCCGCGAGCAGGUCGACGAGUUCUUCGGCCGGGGACCGUUCAAGUGCGAUUGCCAUGCCCGGUCCUCGCGGGGCGUUGUGCGGACACAACCCGCCACCAUUCAAGUCGCAUACAUCAAGCGGCAAAUCAGCAUCACGCCGAAGUCGAUCCGCGUCGAGCUGGGUGGCCGGGCGGAGAUCAUUUGCAACGUGAACGCCACCCCGGUCGCCAAGAUUUCGUGGCUCAAGAACGGCCUCCCCCUGGUGGCGAACCCCCCGGUGGUGAUCACCGUCGACGAUAAGGUGCUGAUCGCACACGUCACCAUGCAGGACAUGGCCAAUUAUACAUGUGUUGCGGAGAACAUCGCCGGCAAGCGUGUUUCGGACCCAGUCAGUCUCACCGUCUACGUUGACGGAGGUUGGGGUUCGUGGGGUCCCUGGACCGAUUGUAAAUGUCCCGGUCACCCGAAGCAAGGUCAGAAACGAACCCGAGUAUGCAACAAUCCACAGCCACUGAACAGUGGAGCUCCCUGCGUCGGCCACAACACCGAAACCACUCCGGACUGUCUGCCGUGCACAGCCGGCCGGUGGUCGCCGUGGUCCGAGUGGAGCGAGUGUGCACCGGACUGUACCCAGACGCGUCACAGGUCCUGCAUCGGUGGACCGGUGGCUGUGUCGUCCUCGUCGUCAUCGUCGUCAUUGUCGUCGGCAGCGGCUGCCCUGGUGGCCAACACGACCAGCGGCAGCCUGAUGGACAAACAACAGCCGUACUACGAUGGCAGUACGAUCAACUGCGUCGGCAAGAGCCUCCAGUCGGCCAAAUGCACCGGAGGGGCGUGCAGCUACAGCGUUCAAGGAUCCAACUGGACCAUCUACGUAGGGCUGGCCCUGACGGCGGCCAUCUGUAUCGCAAUUGGAGCUGGUUUGAUGCGGCUGGCUCGGCGGAAGAAAACGAUUCCGGCGUACAAUCUUGCUAGAUCAGAAAUGCCAUCCGAGUACUUCCCGACCGAAAGCAAGAAGCUAACCCAUUUUCAGCCCGAUUUGACGCAGAAUACGGUGGCCAUAAAUUACGAGUAUCCCCUAACGCCACACCACCAGCCGUCCUCCCAACAUCAUCUGCUCCAGCAACAGCAGCAGCAGCAAUCAGCGCACCACGGAAUGUCGGUGGACAGGAUAGGCGGACUUCAGCAGCAACAGCAGCAGCACCCGGGAGGACUUCACCAGAGCAAUUCGCUCAAAAAUUCAGUGCCCUUCCCGCGGUCCAACUCGGAGCAUCACUACGAUGUGCCUCAUUUGUGUAAUAACUACAUGUACCCGCUGGACAAAAUCAGCAUCAAUGAAUCAUACUCGUCGUCCAGCUACUCGAAGCGUGUCUGCAGUGUGGAGUCCUUGGCCACAUCGACCAACACAUCCGGUGACUCCAACUACGACCAAGCCCUGAUAAUGAACUCCACCCUGCCGACCACGGUCGAUCAAACCAUAUCCAACGGCCUUCGAACCACCGACUACACCCAGAUGACCCUGACGCCAGCGGGUGCCUUGAUGCGGCUCAAUACCUACUACGUGGCUCUGCUCAUCCCGGAGGGUGCCAUCUCCAAGCACCAGAAGCAGAGCGUUGUCCUGUCCAUCGUCAAGGACGAAAAGUUCUCCAUCCAAAGCCCGGGAUCGCGCAUCACCUUCCUCAGUCCGGUGGUGUUCUGCGGCCCUCCGGAUACCAAAGUGCACAAGCCGAUCGUGCUGAAGGUGCCGCACUGUGCGGAGAAUCUGUCCAAUUGGCAGUUUUCUUUGUACCACUCGGCGGAUGGGUCUGGAAGGUGGAAUGAGUCAGUUACCAUCGGGAAGGAGAACAUCAACACACCGGCGUUUGUACAGAUAGACAAACGGUACGCGUACGUGUUGACCGAGGCCUUUGGGAAGUAUGUGCUGGUGGGCGAGUCGGCGAACGACAUCCAGGAGCGAGUGGCCUGCAAGAAGCUCCGGAUGUUCAUUUGCGGUCCGUCGACGGUGCCGGAGUUUUCGGAUGUUAGCGUAAGGAUAUACAUAGUGGAGGAUAACCCGGGAGCCGAGGAGCGCUGUAGAUACUGUGAACAGGAGAUUGGAGGAGUGCUGCUGGGGAAGAGUACGGUGCUGUAUUUCUCCGAUAACAGCCAAGAUCUGUGUAUAGAUAUUAGAUGCGUAGGAGGGUGGAAAUCGAAGCCUUACGGCGAUCGACAGGUGAUACCGUUUUCGCACGUGUGGAACAAUAGCAACUCCACGCUGCACUGUAGUUUUACGCUGAGUCGGACGGAGCACGAUAAGUGCGAUUUCAAGAUCGAUGUACAAGCAAUACAGGAGAAUUGCGGCUUCAACGUGGCACCGUCGACGCUGACCAUUUCGUCGUUUACUCCUCUCUCGAAAGAUGGCAGCAAUUGUCAGCAUUCGUCAAGUUCCUUCGAAACGAUGACCAUUUGCAGCGUGGGCUCGAAUUCGGCCAAUGGCGAACACAACGUCAUCAACACGGACAAAUUCCGGUUGAGCAAACUGGUGAAAAAGAAGCUGUGCAAGUGUUUGGAUCCGCCGACCCAGAAGGGUAACGACUGGCGAAUGUUGGCCGCACAUCUGAGCGUGGAUCGUUACCUGGCGUACUUUGCCACCAAACCCUCGCCCACCGAUCAGAUCCUCGAUCUGUGGGAAUGCCGAAACCGGGAUCUGAACGCGGUCUGCAAUCUGAUCGAGAUCUGCCGGAAUAUGGGUCGUCACGACGCGGUUAGCAUAUUGCAAGAGAUUCAAACGCCUUCCUGGUUGUAGAUAUAUAGGUUUUAGUCAAAGGUUGGAAACAUGAUAUAUACAGAGGCGCAAUCGAUGUCGGUUGUUGGACAUAAAUAUACGUAACCAACGGUGCUUCUGUUGCCACUAUUGUUGGAAAAAUAUACCUUCUAAACGUCAAACACC